GAGCUUAAUAAUUGCAUCUCGAUUCCUUGCCCUGAGCUCUGCGCUCCUCCAUCCACACACCCACCCAAGCUUGUGGAGAUCCAUGCCACAACUCAUCAUCGAUGGUGCCUAACAAGGACAAGAUCUCCUUGUGAUCAGUGAUGCGAUUGCUUAGUCUAAUUAAUGGCUGGCGUCAACCAUUGGCAAAACCUACAAGAUCUUAUUUAUGGAUUCCAUGGAGAUAUGAACAUCAAUUAGUGGACUUUUUCUCCUGUCGUUCUUCUACAUUUGUGACGAUGGUGUUUCUCAUGCAAGUUGAGAACAGCUCGUGACUUGUAUGGAUCAGACAGAACAAGAAACGAGGCCCGCUUGGCAAAUUAACACCCGCAUACCAUCUUGUCAUGAUCGGAAUUGUUUCUCGUAGUUCUUUAGCACAAGCAUCAGUCCCUUGGCAUCUUAUCGGAGAUUGCGACGGCGGCACACGCUUCUACUGCAGAUAUGAUUGGAGGGGGCAACUUCCAUCGCUCGUUCAUCCACACUCUAGUGCACCAUCUUCUUCUCUAUAUAACUCCCCCAAAUCGCCUACUCCCUACAAUUCCAGCUCUGGUGGAUUGCCCGCACCCACAAAGCUCCUGUAGCAUUCAGGUAUAUGGAUAAGAUGGGACUAAGAGACAUAGAGUCCACACUGCCGCCAGGGUUCAGAUUCUUCCCGAGUGAUGAGGAGCUGGUCUGCCACUAUCUCCACAAGAAGGUGAGCAACGAGAGAACCUGCGAGGGGACGAUGGUGGAGGUGGAUUUGCACACUCGAGAGCCAUGGGAGCUUCCAGAUGUGGCUAAAUUGACUGCCAACGAGUGGUACUUCUUCAGCUUCCGCGACCGCAAGUACGCCACCGGAUCUCGCGCGAACCGAGCAACCAGAUCUGGUUACUGGAAAGCAACGGGGAAGGAUAGAACGAUCAGUGAUCCGACGACACAUGCGACGGUGGGGAUGAGGAAGACAUUGGUGUUCUACAGAGGUAGAGCUCCCAGUGGAGCGAAGACCGACUGGGUCAUGCAUGAGUUCAGACUGGAGACCCCUCAUUCACCCCCCAAGGAGGACUGGGUUCUGUGUCGGGUUUUCCACAAGAAGAAAGGGGAGACGGAGAAUGAGAACACUGCGUCUUCUUCUCCCGCUCUGAGGUCAUCUCCUUCUUCUCUAGUGGACCAGCCCAUGCCAGAUUUCCGGCAUGAACGGUUGAGUUCAUCAUCUUUCUCCAUUCUCCCACAGCAAGAACCGGAGAGCAGCUCAGACCCCUUCCUGAACUUGGCGCUGAUGCAGGGCAGCUUUCUUGGGUUCUCACCGGAGAUGGGAAGCACGGCAAUGAUGGGGACGAGCUUAAUGUGUGAGGAUGAGCUUGGAUGUCCGCUGGAUUUGGGAUUUGAGAAUGGCUUUGGGGAGGGCGAGAUGGUAAGAUAUGAGCUGCCAAAGUGGCAAGCUUAGAUGCUAUAAGAGCAGCAUGCUUCCAACAGGACAACAUAUAUAAAUGUAGACUUGGAUUCGAAGAGGGUGAACGAACAUGUAUAGAUGCUACAAGAUUGGAUGAUGACUAUAGUACAAUGUAUUUAUUACCUAGUAAUUAUAAAUAUGCAUAAUAUAUAUAUAUACCUUUUUUUUUACUCUGUAAAAGCUUGAAGAAAAUUGGGAGUUUCAUUUUUUAUCCUCAUGUCGAUGAUUAUAAGGAUUGGAUUUU